ACGCGCCCACCGGCGUCAGCCAGCGCUCUGACCACUGCGCCCACCGCUCUAUGCGGUCUACCAAAUGCAACGCGUCCCUAGCAACGGCGGCGCCUUAGCAACGCGUCGCCUAGCAACAGCCAGCGCGUUGUAGUCCUGCGCCCGGACUUAACCCCCCUGCAGCAACAACCUCGCUCCAGGUGUACGAUAGUGCUGUGCCUACACCUCACACCCCCUCUGCAGCAACAGCCCCUCGGUAGUUGUAGUACUGGGCCUGAACUUAACCCCUCUACAGUUGUAGUACUAGGCCUGGACUUAACAACCCCUAUAUAGUAGCCCUAGGCCUGUACUUAACAAGCCCUCUGCAGCAACAACCCCUCGGUAGUUGUAGUACUAGGCCUGGACUUAACAACCCCUAUAUAGUUGUAGUACUAGGCCUGUACGUAACCCCUAUAUAGUUGUAGCCUCUACUUAACCCCUCGACAGCAGGGACAUCGACAAGACCCACUGGUAGAGUACAGCGCCUGCAGGUGUGUAGCUUGCUACGGGGACACAGGCGGACACUAUGAUGACCACGAUGAACCGUCAAGAGGAGAGUGUGUACAAUCUGAUUCCGCGGGAAGAAGUGACUCCGGAGAAGCCAGCCAGGUACAUGUCCAGGUUCCGAGAGUCAGUCCGCCUGGAGGCCAAUGAGAGGAAGAAGGGCCAGCGCACAAUGGGUCCAGCCAAGGUUGAGGUGCCAUCUCCACAGGGAUACCUCCAUAAGCACUCCCGGGAUGCUGUUCUGCCUGAGAAAGGUGGUGUGACCCCUGUCGCAGAGAGGCCCUUCCAUUAUCCGGACGAGGGGAGGCGGCGACCACGAGUGCCAGGGCAUGACGAGAGGCCGCCCAUGGGCCUCCACUCCAGGAAGGACUUUGUCAACACCAACGCCGUGGACGUGAUCACAGCGGUCCCACGCCGCCCGCAGCCCACCUUGGUGGACACGAAGAGAGGUGAUCGCCAGCCGUUGGAGCCCUCGGGGCUCGUGCCCAAGUUCGUGCACAAGAAAGAGUACGGCCAGGUUCCGGAGUACAUCGUCAGGCGCAACGAGGAGAUGCGGCAGGCGCAGGAGGAGUAUGACGCGUACGUGCGCGAGCGUUUGCGUCGUGGGGCCUUGAACCAGCUGUCGGAGCACGAGAGGAGCAGCAUGCUGCAGGGCCUGAAGCAGAACUGGGAUGAGCUGCAUCGCCAGUACCAGGGACUGUCGGUUGUGACCGACACAGCCCCCAAGAAGCAUCGCAAGGAGCGCCUGGAGAUGGAGAUGAAGCAGCUGGAGAGAGACAUCGAGCUCAUCGACCGCCACAAAAUCAUUUACGUCACCAACAAAUGAGUGCACAAGGUCCAAGGGCCAAAACACGAGCCAUUGGCACAGAGGUUUCCAUCAUCUAUGAUUGAACAAAUGUAGGCUUACGCGGCUUAUAGCCAACAAUACUCCUUAAACUCAAUAGAUUUAUUAGACAUUUAACUCAUUAGAUGUACUCAUCAGAACACAAAUAUUACAUGAGUGUUAAGCAUGCUAUGUAUGGCUGAAUAAACAUUUACAUUGAUUUACCUGUGUUAAAUUUUGGUUGGAUAUUUGUGAAACCUUGGAAGUUUUCUCCAAAAGUGCUCAGACUUAUUUUCCAGAAUAAGUUUGAGUUCUUGGUUCAGACAUAAGAGGGCAGACUUGUGGUACCAUCCCUCCAAUCAGAGGAGAUCUGUUUUACAUGUGGUAAAUAAAAUCCCCAACGGAGUGACCAUGCAGAUUGGCAAAAAUCUGCCUGAAACAUAUUGAGUGUGACUCACAUGCUGGUGGAGAACUUAAGCCUGGCAGAGCGCCAUGUGCACUUUUCCACCAAUCUCUGCAUUAAAAGGCAGAGCGAUCCGUCGUGCAGGAAUUGACCCUCAACCAGCAUGUGAAUAGCACACAUUCUAAGAAUUUUGGCUGAGCAGCAAAUACUUUACCCACCGGAUGACUUUGGUUGCAUCAGUGUAUGCAACUGCAUUGUUCGCAUUGCACCAGCCAAAAAUAGAUUUUACGGACCAAGUGGCCCUGUGGUUGUAACGCACAACUUGCACUUGGAAGGUUGCAAAUGUGAAGCGUGGUUGGAGGCUUGACUCGGGUUUUCAUUCUGCGAGGAUCAAGAAAUGAUUGUCACUUUGGCUGCCACUCCAAGUUCGUCUCAACCACCGGCCAUUGUCCCUUCUAGUGAUGUGUCCUUCCCAAGCCCGAUUACUUUUCUUAGCGGUCGCGAUGCCUCUUGCUUACAAUCUGUUUUCUUUGUCAAUGUCCAUAUUAAUGAUUACAUAUGCCAUAGGUAAUAUACAGCGAUUAGUUUGGUACCCCCACCGCACCUCCGAUUAGCAUGGUUGGCUACGUACGGUGCAAAAGAAGUUCAACAUUGUCUUGUACAGUGACUAUCCUCAUCAUGGGGCAUAAAUGGAAUUCCCGGUACUACCAGUGGGCUGGUAAUAGAUAACAUCUGUAAGCUUAUGCAGAUAAACUAUGUGAUAUUGAUAACGUAUAUACAGUGUAUUGCAAGCGGUUCAACAACUCAAGCCUUGUGCAGACGUAUACAAUAUUUGUUUUGAUUUAAAAAGGUUACUCGAAACGUGUUAUAUCACUUCUCUGGAAAUAAAAACAUCCAUUUGACUCAUCUGAA